CAUCUCAGUCUACCACUUGUCCCUUCUUGUGUGUUCUGGGCAAUAAUACUAGCUUAGUUUGAACAGCGUUCAUAUGCAUUCCAAUGCGAUUCCCAAAACGUAACUAACCGAUCUUCGUCCAGAUCUUUAUUAUCUAGACCCAAUUCAACCUUCCAAAUCAAGAGUUAUUCCCGAAGACUCGCAGGGUCACUCGCGAAGAUGCCAUCCAUCCCGAACAAUCACUUUACACUGCUCCAGAAAUUUAAACCAGACUACUCGCCAAGCGAGUUUGUCCAAUAUGAAUCGCAGAGAACGGGAAUGAGAGUUGUCGUUAUUGACCAAAAGGGACCUAAGGUGACUGGGUAUUUUGUUCUCGCUACUGAAAUUCUCGAUGACUCUGGGGCUCCUCAUACAUUAGAGCACUUGUGUUUCAUGGGGUCGCGCAAUUACAGGUACAAGGGAUUCCUGGACAAGCUUGCCACGCGAUUUUACUCGAAUACCAAUGCCUGGACAGCUACAGAUCACACCGCAUACACACUGGACACUGCGGGCUGGGAAGCCUUUUCACGGAUGCUGCCUGUGUAUCUGGAGCAUGUAAUUGCCCCAACGCUGACAGAUGAAGGUUGCUAUACUGAGGUGCAUCAUAUUGAUGGCAGCGGAAAUGAUGCUGGAGUUGUUUAUUCUGAGAUGCAGGGGGUUCAGAACAACGCAGCAGAACUCAUUGACCUAACAGCCCGCCGGCUAACAUACCCCGAGGGCGUAGGUUUCCGCUACGAAACUGGGGGUAUGAUGGAACAGCUGCGCGUUUUGACUGCCAAGAGGAUAAGGGAUUUCCACCGGGAAAUGUACCAGCCUAAGAACUUAUGUCUGAUUAUCACAGGCGAGGUAGACCAUGACAACUUGCUAGAGACAUUAGAUCGGUUCGAAGACACCAUUCUUGAUGUCAUUCCCAGCCCUACUGCGCCGUUUAAGCGGCCCUGGGUUGACUCAAAGCAGGCUCCGCAGUUGCCACAGUCUAUUGUACAAGCGGUAGAAUUCCCUGAGGAAGACGAAUCCUUUGGAGAAAUAGAGAUACGUUUCCUGGGCCCGGAUGGCACCGAUCCCAUUCAAACUGGGGCUGUCAAUGUUGUAUUGCUUUACCUUGCUGGCUCGUCUGCAUCUCUUCUGGAUAACAUCCUCGUGGAGAAGGAACAACUUGCCAGUGCCGUUUAUUACGCUACGGAUGAUCGUCCUAGCCUUGAAAUCCGUUUCACCUUAACUAGCGUGGAGACAGGAAAUCUUGCACAGGUAGAGCAGCGAUUUUUUGAGGUAUUGAAGGAUGCGAUGGAGAAGGAUCUCGAUAUGAAGUAUUUGCGAGAGUGCAUUGAUCGACAAAGACGGACCUGGAAGUUCUCCACGGAGAGCUCUGCUUCUUCCUUUGCAGAGUAUGUCAUCUCGGAUUUCCUUUUCGGAAAGAGAGAUGGGUCGACUCUGUUAGAUGUCGCAACUUUGACGGAGUACGAUACCUUGGAGAAGUGGACACAGGAGGAAUGGCGCUCUUUCAUCAAAAAAUGGAUUUCCGAUGCUCCUCAUGUCACUAUCCUUGGAACCCCUUCAUUAAAAUUGUCAGAGAGCCUGAAGAAGGAAGAAGAGGCUCGGGUUGCAGCACAGAAGAAGCGACUUGGCGAGGAGGGUUUAAAAAAGCUGGCUGACAAGCUCGAAAAAGCGAAGGCUGAUAAUGACAAGGAAAUCCCCAAGGAGAUGCUCGAGGAUUUCAAGAUUCCUGGUAUUGAAUCCAUCCAUUUUGUGGAAACAAUGACUGCCAGAUCUGGAGCUGCCUUGCGAUUGGGACGGCAAAACAACAAAGCCCAGCAAAUCGUGGAUGCUGACGGGCCCGACAUGCCCCUGUUCAUUCAUUUUGGGCACAUUCCUAGCAGCUUCGUCCAAAUCUCCCUCCUCAUAUCGGCACAAUCUGUCCCUGUCCAACUCCGCCCUCUUCUGUCUAUCUACACAGAGGCAUUCUUCAACCUACCUGUCCAGCGCAACGGCCAGACCAUCAAUUUUGAGCAAGUCGUUGUUGAGUUGGAACGGGACACAGUCGGGUAUUCCAUGGAGACUGCCAGAAGCCUAGGAAACACGGAAAUGUUACGCAUCUCGUUCCAGGUUGAAUUAGAAAAGUACAAAACCGCAAUUGCCUGGCUGCAGGAACUUUCUUGGAACUCAGUUUUUGAUGUUGAAAGGCUCCGAGCCAUUACCAGCAGACUUCUCUCUGACGUUCCAGAUGCUAAGCGUAACGGUGAUGACAUGCUUGCAGCAGUUCAUGUCAUGGUUCAUUAUGCAGCUGAAUCCAUUGUCCGUGCCCGAAGCACUCUAGUCAAAGCACGGUACCUCAAGCGCAUCAAGCGACAGCUUGCAGAAGACCCAGAACAAGUUGUUGCACGCAUGGAGGAGAUUAGAAAGGCGCUUUUCAAGUUUGAGAAUAUCCGGAUUCUGGUCGUCGCUGAUCUUGAGAAACUGGCCUCUCCUGUCUCGAACUGGAAGCCAUUCGUUGAGCGACUGGGCGCGGCUGAAUCCCUCACGCCAAUCACCGUGAGAAGGGCAUUGCUCAGUGAGGCCGGUCAGAAACUGGGUGGGGAGGCAUAUGUGGUCCCCAUGCCGACUAUCGAUUCAUCCUUUGCCUACGCGACGGCUCGUGGUCUUGACUCGUACGACGACCCGAAGCUCCCCGCGUUACUGGUAGCGAUCGCAUACAUGAAUGCUGUUGAAGGGCCGCUCUGGGUUGCCGUUCGAGGAAAGGGUCUGGCAUAUGGCACCAACUUUGCCUAUAAUAUUGAUACGGGCUUUGUCAACUUUGAUGUGUACCGCUCGCCCAAUGCCCACAAGGCUUUUGAAUCAAGCAGAGAUAUCGUCCAAGCCCACCUCUCCGGAGAGGCUGCCUUUGACCCAAUGAUGUUAGAGGGGGCUAUCAGCAGCAUUGUUGUCAGUUUCGCAAAUGAACAGAUAACCGUCGCUAGCGCAGCGCAGGGCAGCUUCAUUCAACAGGUAGUUCGCGCCUUACCCAGUAACUACAAGGAGAGAAUCCUCAAGCAAGUGCGCGACAUUAGCGUUGAAGAUAUAAAGAAAGCACUGCGGGAGAUCAUCUUGCCCCUGUUUGCUCCUGAUACCGCAAAUAUUGUCAUUACUUGCGCCACUGUUCUUGAACAGACUAUCAAAAAGGGUAUGGAGGAAUCCGGCUUUUCUCCUAAGGUGCAACCUCUUAAGGAAUUCGAGGAUGACUACGGGUUGAAGGUUGGUGAUGGUGAAGAGGAAGAAUCCGAUGACGAAGAUGACGAUGAAGAAUCUGGAUCAGAUGAGGAUGAUGAUGAGGAUGAGGAUGAUGAUGAGGAUGAUGAUGAGGAUGAUGAUGAUGAUGAUGAUGAUGACGACGAAGAUGAUGAGUGAUGCUUUGUAAAAACCUAAUGAUUGCCAGGGGUGUUGGUGGGUUUGCUAUAGAAGGAAGGAAAGUGUUAGUUCCCCGUGAU